UUCUUAUAGCCAAGACCCCUGUACUGCAGGAUAAAUCUGACCGUCCCUGUCCUGGACAGGUUCUUUCAUGACCAGGACACACGGCCAGAUUUACGGCUGAGCAGGGAGUCCCUGAACGCGCUGCUGGACCUGCUGGGUCAGGAACGGAGACACGGAUGGGGUGCCACCAUCGAGACCCUGGUGUUCCUCUUCUGGCUGGCAUGUGGGACAUCCUACAGGGUGGUCUGCAGAGCGUUUGGGAUGCCUCGAUCCACUGUUCACCGGAUUGUCCACAGGGUCACUGAGGAGGUGGUGGCCAUUCGCCACCAGGUUAUCUACCUGCCCAGGACAGCAGAGGACCUGAAGGCUGUGUCGCGUGGGUUCGCAGGGCUGACCAGACACAGAGCCUUCAGAAAAGCUGCUGGAGGCCUUAAUUGUCACCGUUAUAGAAAUAGGAAGCUUUUUCCUUCAAUAAUUCUGCAGGCAGUUUGUGACCAUCAGGGCCGCUUCAUUGACACGUACGUGGGCUGGCCUGGGUCGUUCCAUGACUGUAGAAUGCUCCGCCACAGUCCACUGUACCGGCAGGCACUCUACCCUCCUCCAGGGCAGUACAUCCUCGCAGACAGGGGGUACCUCUGCCUCCAACAUCCACUCCCCCUCAUCACUCCGUACAGACAGCCGCUGCAAGGUGUGGGACCCCAGCGCUUUAACAGCCAUCACUCCCGGGCACGCUUUAUCAUCGAGCGUGCCUUCGGCAUGAUGAAGACCCGCUUUCGCAGCAUCUUCCUGAAAGCGCUGGAGGUGCACCACACCUUCGUUCCUCAAGUCAUUACAGCAUGUGCUAUAAUGCAUAAUAUCUGCAUCAGGGGCCGGUGACAUCAUGGCCCCCGAUGCAGAUAUUGUUGAGGACGUGGCGGAGGAUGAGGGGGAGGAUGUGUAGGCAGUCAGUGGUGCCCCUUGGCGGGACCAACUGUGUGCAGGUCUGCCCUGGAGGAGGUUCCCAUGGACCACCUAUAAGGU